UCAUAAACAGAAACCGGAGAGACAUGAAAAACGAAUAGCACCGAAGGUAAUUCACAGAGACAAAUCCGAGAAACAAGAAAAAAUUGAGAGGAAGGAACCUCUAAAGGUGAUGCAUAAAGACAAACUGGAAAGACAAGAAAAACCUGAAAAAAAGGAAAGGCAUGCAGCAACUCAGAAAGAGAAACCUGAAAAGCCAGAAAAACAUGAAAAGAAGGCACCUUCUAAAGUGAUUCAAAAAGACAAACCUGAAAGACAUGAAAAAGCUGAAAAGAAACCUCCUCCCAAAGAGGAGAAGAAAGUAAAGAGCACUAAAGUGGAAGCAAAAGUUAAAAAGGAAGUGAAGGAUGGAAAAGGAGAAGCAAGGACGACUGAGAAGCUCAAGCAGGCAGAGACUAAAACAACAGAAGUUGGGCUAAUAAAGGCCAAACCAAAAGCUAAGGAGGAGAAAGCUCUUCAGACUAUAACUAAAUCGGAAAAGAAAGAUCAAUAUGCAUUCUGUCGCUAUGUGAUUGACAUGUUUGCACAAGGCGAUUUUUAUCCAGGACAUAAAGAAAUGGCACCACCUCGUCUUCUUCUAGAGCAUAGUCCAAGAAAGAAACCAGCAGCUAUUGAAGAGAGAAAAGAGGAAAAGAAAAAGACUGAUGUAAAGAAGGCUACGACUGAAGCUAAGAAGAAAGAAAAAGAAGGGAAAAAAGAGAAAGUUCAUGAGAAGACCACUGUCCCUGAAAUUAAAAAAACAGAUAAAAAAGAAGCUGCUGCGUCCAAAGAACUCAAAAAGCCAGCAAAAGCUCCUGCAGCCAAACCAGCCACCAAAAAAGCAGCACCACCAG